AUAUUGUAGCCGACAUUGUGUAAUACGCCUGCCAUGAACGUUUACAUAUAACCAGACUUCUGCUCUAGUGAUUUGUUGAACAUAUCAUACGUCACUCUCUCAAAGAUCGGAACCGGAGGUGGUCAUUGGAAAUAUUGCACCACGUUAGGUGUACCCAACCAUGGAGUCAACGGAUAAGAACGAAGCUAUAAAGCUCUUUGUGGGGAACCUGGCUUUGGACACCUCUCAGGAGGACCUGACACAGCUCUUUGGGCCAUAUGGACAGGUGGUCACCUGCAGUGUACUCCGGCAGUUUGCCUUCAUCCAUCUCCAGGGAGAUGGUGCUGCUGAUCUAGCCAUAAGGGAACUGAAUGGACGGGAGUUCCGUGGCCGCAACCUGGUGGUUGAAGAGUCCCGCGGAAGGCCCAUGCAUUCCACCAAGGUCUUUGUGGGGAAUCUCAGUGCCAUGUGUUCUGCUGAGGACCUGCAAGAGCUCUUUCAGACCUUUGGGAAAGUUCUGGAGUGUGAUAAGGUCAAAGCGAGGCUCUCCUCCUCUGCGGGGUAUGCCUUUGUACACAUGGAGCGGAAGGAGGAUGCAGUGCAGGCUAUUGAGGCUCUCCAUGGGACCACCUUCAAAGGCCGACCGCUCUCUGUGGAGCUCUCCAAUGUGCAGCCCAGUAAUCCCACCACGACUACAGCAAAGGCCCCCAUCAUGAGUCACUAUGCCACUGAAAGCCCCUCCAUCAACCCUCAUAUGGAGCACCACCAGAGUCAGGCUGCUGUACUGGCUGCUGCCGUUGCUGCAGCUGCAGGUCUGCCUCUUCAGGUGCAGCAGAGCUUGCACAACUCUGUCUACAACACAACGAGCUUUGAUCCCACGUACGCUGCGCUAAAGGGCAUGACGGCAGCCAGCGCCACAGAUGGUACUCCAGUGAGCCCUGCGGUCUACGGUGCCCUCGCCAGCCAGGUGUACGGCUCUGUAGCGGAUCAGGUAUACGACUCUAUAGCCAACCAGGCCGCCAGCUAUCAGAAUUCAGCCACAUCGGACGCAGAAGGCUACAGUAACCAGUACGACCCCACAGCUGGAGAGGCACCGUCAGCCCAGGCUGCUGUCAACCCGGCCUAUGGUGGAGCCUCGGCCCUCUACAACGCCAGCUCAGCCUAUGGCUCCAUGGGGGGUGCAGAACCCACUGCCCAGGCCAUCUUUGAGGCAGCACGGGCCCGCUUCUUCCAGCAGGGCCAGCAGGUUCUAGCGGAGCAGCAGAUGGGGACUAAGUCAGGGGACAGGGACCGCAGCCCAGUACGCCGCUCCACCCCACUGCUGCCUGACCCUGUGCCCCAGCCCUUCCCCCAGCCACGCCCCAAACGCCGCGCCCUCCUCCCAACGCCACCCGGCCGACCAGAGGACCCUGCUGCUGAUAGAGACCCCAUUGCCAGAUGCUAUGCAGAGUACUAUCAGCAGGUCCAGCAGUACCAACAGUACCAGCAGUACCAACAACAGUACCAGCAGUACCAAUAUGGCUACCCUCCUCCAGCCCCGACCCAGAUGCCCCCCACAAUGUCCAACUACCAGAUGCCCAUGCAGGCCCCGCCCCCGACGGAGGCCCACAACCUGGAAGCGCCUGCUACCUACGCCCCAGCUAGAGCGUAUGAUCCGCCUCCAUCACACAAGGAGCCCCUCCUCCGCCGCCCUGACUACUCCCACAUGCCAGAGCACCGAUAACCCUUUACAUUGCAGUGUGAAUGUGUGUGUGUGUGAAUGUGUGGGUUUUGAGUGAUGUAGUUGUGGUCCAAAUGUGCAUCACUGCAAGUUUGCCCAUUUAUAAUUCCCCUGUUUUGCAUCUUCUCUUUUCUAAACACAAUUCUGACUACCGGUAGUUGAUUUUUCACUUUAUAGUAUGCCUGGUUUUGCUUUGAUAGUAACGCUGCCCCAUAAUGCAGUAAUCUAUAUUGUGAAGUCGUUAUGGUUUUAAGGAAGUGUAUGGUUGUGAUGCGUACUGGGGGCUCUGUAAUGACAGCUCUUCCUUACACAUCCCCGUCCCAUAAUCUGUCAAAUAUGCGAGAAUAUGAAUCCAUACCAGAGGAGUGCCUUGUUGAAAUAUAUUGUGUAAAAUAAAUGUGUAUAUUUUUGAGCGAUGAAGGAAGCACCCAAAUCGAUCCAUACAUUUUUUAAAUCAGAGCCUUGCCUCUGUCCUCAAGGUGACUUUAGCUCAUCCAAAUUAGCCAUUAGUUAACAUACACUACAUGUCCAAAAGUAUAUGGACAGCCCUUCAAAUUAGUAGAGUCAGCUAUUUUAGCCACACCCGUUGUGGACAGGUGUAUAAAAUAGCUCACACAAUGGCUCAGUCGCGAAGUGGUAGUCAACGCAAGCUCACAGUAUAGGACCGCCGAGUGCUGAAGCGCGUAAAAAUCAUCUGUCCUCGGUUGCUACACCCACUACCGAGUUCCAAACUGCCUCAGGAAGCAACGUCAGCACAAUAACUGUUUCUUCAGGAGCUUCAUGAAAUGGGUUUCCAUGGCCGAGCAGCCGCACGCAAACAUAAGAUCGCCAUGCGCAAUUCCAAGCGUUGGCUUGAGUGGUGUAAAGCUCACCGCCAUUGGACUCUGGAGCAGUGGAAACACGUCCAGAUGAUGAAUCAGGCUUCACCAUCUGGCAGUCCGACAGACAAAUCUGGGUUUGGCGGAUGCCGGGGGAAACGCUACUUGCUCAAAUGGUGGAGGAGGAAUAAUAGUCUGGGGCUGUUUUUCAUGGUUCCGGCUAGGUCCCUUAUUUCCAGUGACAUCUUAAAGCUACAGCAUACAAUGACAUUCUAGAUUAUUCUGUGCUUCCAACUUUGUGGCAAAAGUUUGGGGAAGGCCUUUUCUUGUUUCAGCAUGACAAAGCUCCCUGUGCACAAAGCAAGG